UGUUGUUUUGACAGCUAACUUAUUUGGUUUCUACCAUCCAAUUAAUUGGAACAUAUAAUUUUUACUUUUCAACUUGAAAUCUUUACUUCCUGGAAUGUAUGUUGAUCACAUUGUUUUUGUGGAAUUUAUAUAUAAACUAAUUAAUAAUGGAUUUGAAGAAAUGGAAUAUUUUUUCAUUACUGGAAAAUGACUUUAAUUUGGAAGUUAAACUUGCAUGUGUUUUUGGUAAUCAAGGAAAUGAAGCCCUACUUGUUAUGAAAAAUGAUGAUGUUUAUGCUCUUGGUGUGAAUUUAUCUGGAUGCUUAGGACUUGGAACUAAUAAUGGCACCUUGCAUCCUCAGAAAGUUCAAGCUCUUUGCAAAAAAGGAGUGAUAGGCUUUGCUUAUGGUAGUGGCCCUCAUGUUAUCUGUUAUACUUCAUUGGGUGAAGUAUACGCUUGGGGCCAUAAUGCAUAUUGUGAGUUGGCCAAUGGCACAACAACACAGUCUUCAAAUCCUAUGAAGGUUGAAGUUUGCCUUUCAACCAAAGUGGUUGUUGAAGUUGCUUGCGGCAGUCAUCAUUCAGUUGUAUUGACCAAUGAAGGAGAAGUUUAUGCUUGGGGCCAAAAUAAAAGUGGUCAAAUCGGAUCUGGUAUGAAUACAAAUCAGGGUUCUCCAAGAAGAGUAAAUUCUUCAAUUGGAGGAAAAUUUAUUAUUGGUAUUGCUUGUGGGCAAACAUCAACGAUUGCAGUAACGAAUAAUGGAGAGGUUUAUGGAUGGGGCUAUAAUGGAAAUGGUCAGCUGGGGAAUGGAAACAAUGUGAAUCAAUUAAAUCCUUGCCGGGUAAUGGCAUUGAGCAAUAUUGUAAUUGUGAAGGUGGUCUGUGGAUGUUCACAUACUUUAGCUUUGUCAGAUGAAGGUAAAGUAUAUGCAUGGGGCGCCAAUUCAUUUGGUCAGCUGGCUUGUUUAAAUAGAACGAAUUUUUUCUCACCAGAACAAAUUCUUGAGGAUAUCGGAAGGAUUGUUGACAUUGCUGCUAGUCAUUACUGUAAUAUUUCUGCUGCUAUGUCACAAAACUCUAAAGUAUACAUGUGGGGCCAAUGUAGAGGUCAAAUUGUUUUGCAACCUAUUUUAACACCAUAUAAUAGUCUUCAUGAAGUUUUCGCUUGCUAUUCUACCCCCUCAAUUACAUAUAAACCACUAACUGUGGCCUGGGAUCAUGGGACCAAAGUGUAUGACAGCAUCAAAUCAUCAUUUGAUGACCAGAGCACAAGUGAUCUCAUUAUUCGUGUUGAAGGUAAAGAUAUAUAUGUUCACAAAGCAUUAUUAAAAAUACGAUGUCAGCAUUUUAGGUCUAUGUUCCAGUAUAAUUGGCAGGAAGACUCAAGAAAUGUUCUGGAGAUAGAGCAGUUUUCUUAUACAGUUUACAGAGCUUUUCUGAGGUACCUUUAUACAGAUCAGGUUGAUUUACCACCUGAACAAGCAUUAGAAUUAUUGGAUUUAGCGAAUGCAUACUGUGAAGACACCUUGAAGCGACUUUGUGAGAGAGUAAUGAGACAAGGAAUUGAUGUUGAAAAUGCAGCAUUACUUUAUUAUAAUGCAAUAACAUUUCAUGCCAAGGAACUAGAGGAAUUCUGUUUUAGAUUUUCUCUUAACCACAUGACUGCAGUUGUUCAAUCUAAAGGGUUUGCUUCCUUGGAUGAAACUACAGUAAAAAAUUUUAUCUUUAAAGCUGCUAAAGCAGGAGCAUUCAAGACUUAAGUUAUGUUCAUAUAAUUAUUAUAAUGACUAUUUUUAUAAAAAAAAAAAAUGUACGUGGAAAGUUAACAAAUAAUCUUAUUUUAGUUUUUAUAGCGCGUUAGUUGAUUUUUUUCAUUUCUUCUUGUCCCACUCAUGAAAUUUAUAGCUCUAUAUGUAUAUACGUUUAUUGAUUAAAUAGUAUUUAGUAUAUUUGUAUAACUAUAGUACUUUAUUUGUAAGCAUGAAUGGCUUUAAUAGGAUAAAAAUCAAGUUGAAUAGUAAUAUUUUAUUAAAUUAAUGACAUUGUAUACAUUCCAUGAAUAGUGAGAAUAAUAGUUAAGGAAUUCUGUUUUUAUAAAAUAGUUACCAUAUAAUUGUAUUUUCGAUUUUAAGAAUAUUCCUUAGGUUCAGGUACGUCGAAUAUGGCAGGGAUAUAUAAAUUGGAAAAGACAACGAGAUUGUGAUCACUUACUUUUUAAAAAAAAUUUAAAUUUAUUAUAAUGGUUGCUGAUUUUAAGGCAAAGCUUUUUAAUGUAGCUUAACAUUGUUUAAAAGUGCUAUAUUUUAUAUUGUUUAAACAAUUAUUUUAGCUAAAAUUUUACUGUUGAGUUGUUAAACUUAACACUAGUUCCAUUUAAAUACUUGGUUUUUAAUAUAUCAGUUAAAAAGAAAUAUUAUGUCUUGUUUUAUUACUAUGUUAAAAAUUUUUAUGUUUAUGAAACAUAAUGAUAUCUUAUAAAAGUAAAAACUUUUAUUUAUUUUUGUUAUUAUUAAAAAAGAAAAAAAUAUAUUUAAAUGAAAUAUCUAUUCUUUAGUGAUCUGCCAAACAUUUAUGUUCAAUUUUUUUUUUUAAUUUCUGAGUUUUUACUAUUGAAUUCUUGCAAACGAUGAUAUUGUUUAGAUAGCGAGAAAUUAGGGAUAAAAUACUAAUGAUAUGUCUAACUAGAUGAUCUAUUUUUUUAAUAAAACCGAGGCUUUGUUAUGUGUAUAAUAUGUUUUGUUCAGGUUGUCAAUUAGACUCGUUAUUAAGCUAGAUUAAUAGGUAAAGGAAAACUGGAAUGAAAUUCUAUCACAGUUUCUUGAUUUUUGACAUCUUUCCCAAUUCGGAAAAAAAAAAAAAUUAAAUUACACAAAUCAUACUUAUCAUGUUUAACCAGAUCACUACAAGAAUUAUUCCUUUAAUUUGUUAAUUAUAUUUUUAUUUUUUAUAAGAUCUGAAAAUAUCCUGAAUAACUAUUUAUAAAGAAAUAUGACCAAAACUAUUUAGAUUUUUAAUUCAGAUCUUUGGAUAUUUUUAAUCCGAUCCCUGGAAAUGCAUUAACUUAAAUUAAGUUAUAGAUUUUAUUUUACUGAACAUCUCGAGAACUCAUUUCUGUUUUGAUUUUUAUCUAUAUUCAAUUACAUU